AAGGGAGCCUGCAGCAUCCUUGGGUACCACAGCAUCCCUGGGUACCACCUGCCUCCCAUCCCUGCUGGGGGAGGGGCCGGGCACUGGGCUGGCACUGCUGAGACCCCCCCCACGGCCACAGGACAACACCCACUGUGGGACAUGGGGGUGACUCUGCCUGCGAUGCCGGCAGCGCUGAGCAGCCUGGCUGUGACCCCGGCACGUUGCAGCCCUCGGCUGUGAGUCCGGGCUCCAGCACAGUGACCCCCCGGCCCAGCAGUGUGUUGGGAUGCCCCUGCUCCAUCCCGGCCUCUCCAAGCACCCGCUGCUGCCCUCACAACCACGUGCCCCCACCGCCAGCCCCGCUCUGAGUCACACACAGCAGCAGCUCACAGGCAGUGCCGGCUCUCAGCCGUGCAGCAGGGACUCACGCUGCCCCCUCCCCACCGCCCCAAACCCCCUGGGAAGCAGGGACCGUGCCCAGCGCUGCCUCACAUCACAGGGUCCCGGCUGUGGGAGAAGGGGACAGCAGAGUGAGCACUGCUGGGACAGCGCUGGGACAGGGAAGGAUGUGCUGAAAUCCCCUCCAGGUCCGAUGACCACCCUGCAGCCCAACUGCAGCUGCAGCCGCGGCCCCAGCGUGGCACAGGGGAAGUGGUACGGGGUGCGCUCCUACCUCCACCUCUUCUAUGAGGACUGCACCGGGGCUGGCCCUGAUGGGGUCACAAAUGAGUCUUCACCUUCCCAUCCCCACGCUGUAUGGCCCUCCAUUAUCUGGAAGGUGUCCCUCUCCACGGGCACUCUGUUCCUGCUGGUAGGACUGGCUGCUCUGACCACGGGCUGGCUGCUGCCCCCCAGGCUGGAGGGUAUCGAGGAGGAGGAGCUGGUGGUGCUGGACGUGCAGGCCAUGAGCUAUAACCACAUGCUGGGUGCGUGUCGGCUGCUGGGCACAGCACUGUGCAUCACAGCGGCAGCGCUGGGUGCUGUGGGGCUGCUCUGCUGCGUGCUGGGCAGAGCUUGGGGGGGGGACCAAGAAGAGGAGCAGCAGCUGUCGCCCAUCCUGCAGAGCAGCACCCAGGGCCCUGCAGUGCCCUUCGGUGCCUCCCAGCUCUGUGGGGUGCAGCCCCGGCAGGAGGUGUGAGGCUGGGAGCGCUGCUGCUGCCACCACCACGUCCCAGCCUGGGACAUCCCAGCAUUGGACUGGAGCUCCUCACCCUGCUCCCCAACCAGCCAUGGGGAUGGACAGGCAC